UUUUUCCUUCCGUUUAUUUUGCAGGAGAUGUAGGGAGUAAAUAUGUCUCUGUACUUCUCGAUAAGGAGGAAACCAUGUUGGACAUCACAAAAAUUCAAGGAACAGAAUCUUUACCAAGUGGUGUAGAUUAUGAUGCCUACGUCUUAGUAUUCGGCAUUGAUGACAAACAGAGUUUCAACGACGCCGUUGAUUUUCUAUAUCGUUUCCGUAAAGAGGAUGUACACAACUGCCUGGUGGUUCUGGUAGCCAAUAAAGUCGACUUGGUGAGAAACCGUGUCAUUACCACUGAAGAAGCCAAAGGAAUUGCAUCCGCCUACGACUGCAAAUAUAUAGAAUCGUCUACAAUCUUGAAUCACCAUCUUGAUGAGUUACUCGUCUGUCUCGUCAGCGAAAUCAGAUCGCGUCAACGUAAAUCUCGUUCUUCUCACGAGAAGACCUCUCAAAAGAGUCGUUCGCCGGUUUCACCCAAACAUCUUUUCAACAAGUUGUUUCGGCGAGGAAGCAUUUCGAAAUCUUAUGAAAACCUUGCCGAAGACUGAAAUGAGUGAACUAAAGCACAAAUUUGUGUGUGUAAAAAAAAAAGUCUUACAUUGUGUUGCACUUGUUUGCAGUUUAUAUUUUCAUUUUAAUUAUUUUCGUUCAUAUUUGAUAUGCUUAAACAUGAACUGUGAAUGAAACUGAACAGAUGUUUAUCUCAAGUUUCCUUUUUAUACCUUGGUGAUUAUUUAUAUUCAGUCACGAUUGCAUAUUCAUUUUAUAUUACUUUCCAUUUUUCUUCCAAUCUUUUUCAAUUCUUUAUAUAAGGAAUCAAGUUUUUUCUACUCCCUUACAACAAGGGUACUUUGCCGAUAAUUCUCGGCAGAUGGAAAUAUUAUUUUGACACAGGAGUAAAUGUCAAAUUUUUUUUUUUUUUUUUUUUGGGAUACGAAUUAUAAAGCGAAGCCGACUAUAUAAGAUGACUUUCCUCCCAUUGCGAUAAUACGGAUAUUGCAAAAAGAGCAAAAAAGAAAAAAAAAAGAACUAUUUACGCUGAUCACUUUUAACUAAAUGGACUUACAAAACGUGUGUGAACAUUUUCGCAUGUAAAUUAUCUGUGCGAAACAAUUCCUUUUCAAUAUAAAAACAAUUAU